CCUUGUAAUUGUUACUGACAAGUACCUCAAAGGAUGGCAUUGAACAUUUUCUCAAAGAAAGAAAGGUUUGGAUAAGGACGAAGAAAAAAAAAGUAGGUAGGUAUAUAUGAAAUGUUUUGUGCUCAUCAAAGGAGAAUAAAUGUGAGUUUUUAUUUUUACCAACUUACUAAGCAUAUUUAUUUCUUAAUAAAAACAACCAUAUUUAACUAUUGCCCUUUUAUGUGCACAUAAAAUUCCUUCAUUUAUAGACUUCCUACAAAAAAAUCUGGUGAAACAUAAAAAUAUGGCUACCUUGCACAAUGUCACCGCCCUUUUUUCAUUAACAUUCCUCCUUCUUAUUACUCCUUUAUCUUCAUCUUCAUCUUCAUCUUCAUCUGCAGGCGUUGAAGUGACGAGGACGUUAGUGACAGAGAAUGUCGUAAAAGAUAUUUGCUAUCAAAGUGAGGCUUCUGGAAUCUGCCUAAAACUGAUGAAAUCAAUUCCUCAAAUAGGCAAAGUAGAUCUUGAAGGCCUGGCUCAAAUCAUGAUCCAUAUGGGAUCUAACCGAACCCAUCAAACAUUGGUUCGAUUACAUUCUCUUUUCAAGAAGACCAACGACAGUGUACUGAAAAAGAGGUAUGCAAUGUGUUCCAAACUUUAUGGACUCAUUUUCGACGAGUUUAAGGAAGUCAGCACAAGCUUGAGCAAUGGUGAGUUCACUUUGAUGAACCAAGAAACCUGGGUUGCUGUCACUUUCGCUAUUGCCUGCCAAGACCAAUUUACUCAUCCACCAUCUGAUCCAUCUCGAGUACUCAUGCAAGGAUUACCAACACAUCUUUAUCUCUUGACGAAGUGAUGAUAAGAUUUUAGUAGCCUCUGGUUUGAACGAUGGAGGGGAGUAGCCGUUGGUCUCUGUAACGACUUUUUGGAAGACGAUAAUGACGACGGAAGAAACCAAACAAUGUGAGAGGAAUAGAUAUGCUCACGCGAUUAGAAAAUGGGGUAAAAAAAGUUUUAUAUUUGUCAAAUACGUCUCUUUUGUAUUGGCCUUGUGGGUCCAAUUUUUAGCCACAAUAGGGUCUAGAAAUCUCAAUUCCGUAGACAAUUUAAAGUGAAACUCAAUACCAAUUUUUAACCCAUUGUGGGUUGAUAGCAUUGGAAAUCAUCAUCUAAAGUUCUUCAUUUUCUUGUUUUCAAGGGCUCAUUGUACACGCUCUUAGUUGUUGGGAUCAUAGUUUUUAAACUCGGACCGACCCACUGGUUAAACCAUCAAACCCGUGAACCAAGAGUUUUCACGGGUUGAUUCAUACAAUCAGACCGUUUAAGCAUUGGACCGCCACAAACCCUCGAGUUGAUCGUAAAACUCGUCACACCCGCGAACCGCCCAAUUUGAUAAAAACCCGUGUGCUGGGCGUGGACCGCAUGGUAGUGAAUACUAGUGCUCUGCACAGCCAAACGUCAGCACUGUUGACAUUCACGUGACAAUGCUAGGGUCUUCUUAUUGCCUUUUAAUGACUUCACUUGAUGAGUUUUUUCUUUGUAAACGAUGUGAGAUUCGUUACAAAUGCUUUA